AUGAAAGCCUGGAGCCAGGGAGGAGGGGUGGAAGGGCAGCGGUGGGGUCAGCUGCUCAGAGAAUUGGGGCCUGGGGUCCAGGGUGAGGGGCUGUUCCCUAGCAGAAAGCAAAGGCGCCACCAGCGGAAGGGCUGCUUGCUCCCCGCAGGGGUCGUGGGCCUGAACCUAUGGCCGCAGCAGCCCCAUGGGCUCUACCUUCUGCCGCCUGGAGCUCCUUUUAUCGAGCUGCUCCCAGUCAAGGAAGGAGCCCAGGAAGAGGCUGCCUCGACCGUCCUGCUGGCCGAGGCCCAGAAAGGCAAGGAGUACGAGCUGGUGCUGACCAACCGCACUGGCCUCACCAGGUGCCGCCUGGGUGACGUGAUACGGGUGGUCGGUGCCUACAAUCAGUGUCCGGUCGUCAGGUUCGUCUGCAGGCUGGGCCAGGCCCUGAACGUGCGGGGAGAAGACAUUCAAGAGCACGUGUUUUCUGAGGCCCUGGGCCGGGCCGUAGGGCAGUGGCCAGGGGCCAAACUGUUAGACCAUAGCUGUGUGGAGAGCAGCAUUCUGGAUUCCUCCGAGGGCUCUGCUCCCCACUAUGAGGUGUUUGUGGCGCUCAGGGGGCUGAGGAACCUGUCAGAGGAAAAUCGAGACAAGCUUGACCACUGCCUUCAGGAAGUCUCUCCCCGCUACAAGUCCUCGCGGUUCUGGGGCAGCGUGGGCCCAGCCAGGGUUCACCUGGUGGGGCAUGGGGCCUUCAGAGAACUCCGGGCCGCCCUUGCAGCCUGCCCCUCGGACCCCUUUCCUCCCGAGAUGCCCCGGGUCCUCAGGCACAGGCAUUUGGCCCAGUGUCUGCAGAGGAGGGUGUUGUCCUGAGCUGAGGUCUGCCCACUGGCCCAUCCCCCUUCAUAGGCCACCUCCCUCUUUGCUCUGCGGCCUCUCUGGAUGAGAACCCUUGGCCAAGGUCUUUGACUCUGUUACCUGAUAGUGGCUCAUCAGAGCUGCCAGGCCUUAGGGAGGUCCGACCUAGUCAGCCCAUGCUGAGCAGCUGACGUCAGCUGACUUCGGCGGACGCCUGCAGGGGCCUGCCUGGAGCCCCAUGGCCCCCUAUGGAGGACACUGCUAGAGUUCCCGAACACGCCGGUGCUCCCGUGUCUCCAGCCCAGUGCACUGCGCAGGCUGCAAGUGUUGGCAGUUAAUGCUCCUGGAAGCCACCCUCUGUCUACAAGAAACAGGAGUUGGAGGAAAAAACCCCAGCGUCAUUGUCCCUCAGUGCAACAAUUCUGAAGUGUAUUCUGCUCCAGUUGCCCACAAUGAUAACCCUCUCAAUAACACAGUUCUUACUGGUUUUCCUUCCUUCCAUCCCUCCCAUCCCCACUCCCUUAUCUGCUUUCUAGGAUCAUCUCCCAAAUAAACCUCUUGCACCAGA